AUAAAAGUCUACAGGUUGGUACAGGACGACAGAUGAGCACUGACAGGCUGAACAAAGAAAACUCACACAACCUUCUCUCCAACAACCAACACAGAUCUUUGCCCAUUCAGAAAAAGAUGGAAUCCAAGAUGCAAUGCAGCGUGAGCCAGACGUGGGGCCCCAAGAUGCCACAGGGACUGGACCUGGAGAUCUCCCAUCACCCGAUGACAAUGAGGCGCGUGGUCAACCUCAUCAUCGCCAUGGAGCGGCUGAAGGACGGCGGGUCGGAGUCGAUGCUGAGCACCGGCUUCAGAGAUGAAAGCCUGCUCAACAUCAUGAUGGACAGCAUCGUGGAAGAGCACAUUGUAUUCGAGAGAACCUCGUCUCCACCAGAUCAAUUCAGCAGGACGGGCGUGUACCCGUGCAACAUCAGUGACAGCCAGAAGAAGAACUUGAUUCUGGUCCAAAACAGCAUGGAGCUCCACGCCGUGAUGCUGCAGGGCGGCAGCGACAACCGCAAAGUUCUUCUCAACAUGUCGACCUACGUGCACCCUUCGCCCACCAUCAAGGCCAAGCCUGUCGCUCUGUGCAUUAAAGACACAGACCUCUACCUGUCGUGUCACCAGGAGGGUGGAGAGCCCACCCUGCAUCUGGAGCGAGUGGAGGACAAGAGCAGCCUGAGGAUCAUCACCAAGGAGAGUGAGCUGCUGCGAUUCCUGUUCUACAAGCAGGACAGCGGGGUGAACAUCAGCACCCUCAUGUCGGCCCGCUUCCCCGACUGGUACAUCAGCACAUCGGAGUACGACAACAGGCCGGUCAUGAUGUGUCAGGAGAGCGCCCAGCGCUACCAGACCUUCAACAUCCAGCGUCAGAGUUAAAACCUGCCAGGGCGGAACGUGGAUCAGCAAAUUUUCACAUCUGAGCCUCAAUCUGCAGCUAUUUGAUUCACAUAAUCAGCAAAUAACAUGUAAUUUCAACAGAAGCACUACCGCUGUCUGCUGGAGCGACUUUUACUGAGUGUUUAGUUACUGUAUGUACCAAGUACAGAGAGUGACAUGCUUAGUGUAUUGACAUAGUCAAGUUUGACCACAAGGUGGCGAUGUUGUGCUCUCUGAUGAGUACCCUGUGUGUUUUCAUGACAUAAAGUUAUUUUAUUUAUUUAUCUAUUUAUCUGUGUAUUUAACCUUAAUUUUAUUUGUUAAUCUGCUUACUAAUAAUUGUUUUAAUAAUGUGCAGCAAAUAUUUAAUAAACCCUUUCAGAUGA